AUGGCGGAGGUUAACAACACCCAAGAAGAGAAGCAUGGUGUCUCAGUCGCCCUGGACGAGGGUACCAAGGUUGGCACCAUGCAUGGCGAGAGUGCCCAAGAACCCGGUGCGAAGACCAAGGCUGUCCACAGCGCCGAGCUAUUCGCUGCGAUUAACGAGACGAAGAUUGAGCGAUGGAGCAAAACCUCGCUUCAUUUGUAUUCUAACCCUUUUCAAGUCUGUAUCUUCGUCUCAUUUUGUUGCGCUUGCGCGAACGGUUACGAUGGUUCCCUGAUGGGAUCCGUGCUGGCAAUGGCCCACUACCAGAAAACAUUCAACACUGGCAUGAGCGGCCAGAAGGUCUCCGUUGUUACUUCUCUCUACACCGUCGGCUCCAUGGUUGCGACUCCAAUCUCUGCUGUGAUUUCUGAUCGGUUUGGUCGACGCAAGUGCAUGUUUGCUGGCGCCUGGGUUAUUAUCGUCGGAUCCAUCGUAAUUGCUACCGCCAACUCUCUCGCCCACUUCGUUGUCGGCCGUUUCAUUCUUGGUAUGGGAAUCCAGGUGAUGGUUGUCUCUGCACCCGCAUACGCAGUGGAGAUCUCCCCCCCUCACUGGCGUGGCCGUGCUGUCGGCUUCUACAACUGCGGUUGGUUCGGCGGAUCUAUCCCGGCGGCCUGUGUCACUUUCGGCUCCAACUACAUCGACAGCAACUGGUCCUGGCGUCUGCCUUUCUUGCUGCAGUGCUUUGCCUGUGUUAUCGUCAUCUGUGCCGUCUGGUUUAUACCCGAGUCUCCCCGUUGGCUUAUAUCCCAGGGCCGUGAGGAGGACGCACUUGCUUUCCUUAUCAAGUACCACGGUAACGGAGACCCAAAUGCCCGCCUGGUGCGCCUUGAAAUCGACGAAAUGCGCGAGGGUAUCCGUCUGGACGGUAUUGACAAGAGAUGGUGGGACUACCGUCCGUUCGUCACCACUCAUUCUGGCCGUUGGCGUUUCCUCCAAGUGAUCAUGAUUUCUGUUUUCGGACAGUGGUCAGGAAACGGUCUUGGUUACUUCAACCCAACCAUCUUUGAGUCCCUCGGGUACACCUCUAGCUCCAUGCAGCUGCUGCUCAACCUCAUUAACUCCAUUGUUUCUGCGAUUGGCGCGCUGACUGCGGUGCGCUUCACGGACAAGAUGCCCCGUCGUCCCGUCCUCAUCUGGGGCACCUUCGCUUGCGCCAUCACUAUGGCUAUCAACGCCGGUGUCUCGGUGCCCAUGAUCUCCCAGAAAGCAGAAACCGGCAGCGUGAACAUGACGUAUGGCCGCACGGCUCUAUCAUUCUACUACUUAUUCAACUUUGUCUUCUCGUUCACGUACACUCCACUUCAGGGUGUCAUUCCCGCGGAGGCUCUGGAAACCACCACUCGUGCUAAGGGAUUAGCUCUCUCUGGUUUCAUGGUCAGUUUGAUUAGUUUUAUCUCGCAGUUUGCCAGUCCCAUCGGUCUCCAGAACAUCUCGACCAACUACUUCUGGAUUUUCGUUGGAUGGGAUCUCUUCGAGUCCGUUUGCUGGUAUCUCUUUGGUGUCGAGGCCCAGGGCCGUACGCUUGAACAGCUGGAAUGGGUCUAUCAACAGAAGAAGCCUGUCCAGGCCUCUAAGAAUCUUGACAAGGUGGUCAUCCAGGCCGAUGGACACGUCACGGAGAAGAUUUCGGAGCACGACGCGUAA